CUACAACAAUUCUACAUUGUAAAGAACUGGAUUGGCACUAAAUAAAAUAAUUUCAUAUUUUACUCAGCUUAUAAUAUGACUCAAUGGAGGAAAAUUUGAUAAGCAUGAGGGAAGACUAUUCUUUUCAUGUUUGUUACAGAAUGGAAGCUUCUUGCCUAGAACUGGCCUUGGAAGGGGAACGUCUGUGUAAAUCAGGAGAUUGCAGUGCUGGUGUGUCCUUUUUUGAAGCUUUAGUUCAAGUUGGAACUGAAGACCUAAAAACACUUAGUGCUAUUUACAGCCAGCUGGGCAAUGCUUAUUUCUAUUUGCAUGAUUAUGCCAAAGCAUUAGAAUAUCAUCAUCAUGAUUUAACUCUUGCAAGGACUAUUGGAGACCAGCUGGGGGAAACCAAAGCUAGUGGUAAUCUGGGAAACACUGUAAAAGUUCUUGGGAAUUUUGAUGAAGCUGUAGUUUGUUGUCAGCGACACCUAGAUAUUUCUAGAGAGCUUAAUGACAAGGUGGAAGAAGCAAGAGCACUUUACGAUCUUGGAAAUGCGUAUCACGCCAAAGGGAAAAGUUUUGGCUGCCCUGGUCCUCAGGACAUAGGAGAAUUUCCAGAAGAAGUGAGAAAUGCCCUUCAGGCAGCUGUGGAUUAUUAUGAGGAAAACCUAUCACUAGUGACUGCUUUGGGUGAUCGAGCAGCCCAAGGACAUGCCUUUGGAAAUCUUGGAAAUACACAUUACCUCCUUGGCAACUUCAGGGAUGCGAUUAUAGCUCAUGAGCAGCGUCUCCGUAUUGCAAAAGAAUCUGGACAUAAAGCAGCUGGAAGAAGAGCAUAUAGCAACCUUGGAAAUGCAUAUAUAUUUCUUGGUGAAUUUGAAACUGCCUCUGAAUACUACAAAAAGACACUAUUGGCUUGACAGCUUAAAGACAGAGCUGUUGAAGCACAGUCUUGUUAUAGUCUUGGAAACACAUAUACUUUGCUUCAGGACUACGAAAAGGCCAUUGAUUAUCAUCUGAAGCACUUGGCAAUUGAUCAAGAGCUAAAUGAUAGAAUUGGUGAAGGAAGAGCACAUUGGAGCUUAGGAAAUGCAUACACCGCUCUAGGGAAUCAUGACCAAGCAAUGCAUUUUGCUGAGAAGCACUUGGAAAUUUCAAGAGAGGCUGGGAAUAGAAGUGGUGAACUAACAGCACGACUAAAUCUCUCAGGUCUUCAAAUGGUUCUUGGUCUGAGCUACAGCACAAAUAAUUCAAUAAUAUCUGAAAAUAUUGAAAUUGGUAACAGUUUGCAUGGUGCAUGCCUCAAGUUCGGACGCCGACACAGUAUGGAAAACAUGGAACUUAUGAAGUUAACACCAGAAAAGGUACAGAACUGGAACAGUGAAAUUCUUGCUAAACAAAAGCCUCUUAUUGCCAAACCUUCUGCGAAGCUGCUCUUUGUCAACAGAUUGAAGGGGAAAAAAUGCAAAACUAAUUCCUCCACUAAAGUUCUCCAAGAUGCCAGUAAUUCCAUUGAUCACCGAAUUCCAAAUUCUCAGAGAAAAGUCAGUACAAAUACUAUUGGAGAUGAAGGGUUCUUUGACCUGGUAAGCCGAUUUCAGAGCAAUCGGAUGGAUGAUCAGAGGUGCUGCUUACAAGAACAGAGCUGUGGGCCAGCUUCAACUGCAGCUUCUUCCACUCCCCCUAGAGUGAUACUAAAAACAUCAUCUGUUUCCAUGGUAUCCCCCAACACGGAUGAGUUUUUAGACCUUGCCAGCUCACAGAGCCGCCGUCUUGAUGAUCAGAGGGCCAGUUUCAGUAAUUUGCCAGGGCUUCAUCUGACACAAAAUAACAGUAAGUCUGCCCUUGGCCACCUGAUGACUAAUGACAACAAAGAGCCUGAUGAAGACUUCUUUGGCAUCCUUGUAAAAUGUCAAGGGUCCAGAUUAGAUGACCAAAGAUGUGCUCCACCACCUGCUGCCACAAAGGGACCAACAGUACCAGAUGAGGACUUUUUUAACUUGAUUUUACAUUCUCAGGCAGAAAGAAUGGAUGAACAGAGAGUUCUUUUACAAAGAGAUCAAAAUAGAGACACUGAAUUUGAACUGAAGGACCUUUUGCAAAGUAAUGCUUUGUUGGAAUUUAAAAAUACAGGAAAAAAAUAAGCAAACCACUAGUUAUUAUGGAUAUAUUUUUUAAA